CGUGUUUAAGUGCGCGAUAUAUCCAACCAUGCACCCCGGACUAUAUCUUGCAACUAGCCUGGAUUAAGUACCAUGCUUCAAUGUCGACAAUUGUGCGCUUCUUAUAACCACAUUCUCGACAAUCGUACGCAUUGUGAUCGCUCCUUGUAGUCCAAUAUGAUACUGGCUCUGGCCUCAGUGAUCUCGCUAUGCUCUGUACUCUUACUAGGAGGAGGUCUGCACUUCCUGCUGGCCAACCGUAUGGAUCCCAACUACUGUCACAUGACCUACAUGUAUCAGAACCCUGUGUACACUUCGAUUCAAGUCAAGAACGGGCCAGCGAAUAAUGAUCGCAGAUACCGGUUAUUACAAUACACAGAGGGAAUCAUAAGAGGAAACGAGUGUAAAGGCCGCCAUCCCGUUUUGUAUAUAUCGGGUAAUUCCGGUAGCUACAAACAGGUCAGAUCCAUUGCAAGCAUCGCAGCUGAUAUGGACCGCACAAACUACUUGAUUAAGGGCUCACCGCGACGGCCCUUAUCCUUCUUCACAGUGGACUUCAAUGAAGAGCUCUCUGCACUAUUCGGUGGGGUGUUGCCCGUUCAAUCCGAGUACGCGGCGCACUGUGUGCGGCAUCUGCAAUCGAUGUGUACGAAACCCUCGGGAACAGGCAAGCUAGCAACGGUGACGAUUCUGGGGCAUUCCAUGGGGGGGCUGGUUGCGCUGUCGCUGCUGAAUUCUGAUGUACUACAAGCCGGCAGCAUUGAAACCAUUGUAACUGUCGCCACACCACAUCGCCCGGUGUUGGCAUUUGACUACCGGCUGGGUAGUUUCUACCAUACUAUGAACAGCGCAGUCCUCAGAUCCGCAACUCAAAACGUGACCCUUGUGAGUAUCGAAACCGGUAUACGCGACUUCCAGGUGCGCGCCGAUCUUGCCAGUCUAGGUAUGACCGGGCCUAAUAUCGUCCACGCUUCGACAAGUGGCAUUCCCGGUGCCUGGUUGUCGUGCGAUCACCUGGCUGCUGUGUGGUGUAAGCAGCUGGUAUUGCCUAUACUCACAGCUAUGAGUGUGCUAUCGCUACCGUCACCAAAGGCAGCCGAUGCUGUCGGCAAUUUCCAGUCCACCUCCGAUAUCGCGCGGGCCAAUGAGCGGGCGGAAAGGUACCGAUCGACCUUGCUCCCAGCAGCAGAAUUCAUUCACACGACAACCUGCGACAGUGCAGAUUCUACAACGUCGACGAUUGGAACAACGGAUGAGAAAAUGUGGCCAUCACCGGCACAGACGUUACAAGAUAGGACUGGCGUGGCGCGAACGAUCAAGAUCGCACUGGGGGGUUCGCCGGAAACCACAUCUAGUACCGAAACGCUGGCAAUCAGUACUACAGAAACCAUUUCAUCACUCAGCUUGUGUAGCGUGCGACAGUGCUAUGCUUGCGGCAAUGGCAGCUGUGUCUCAAAUGCCGAUGAACUAGAGUUGCGCCUGGAGACGCAACGGCUGCCGUAUUGGAGAGACACGUUCAAGGGCGCAAAUGUGCGACCGCCACAGCACUUUGAUAAUCUGCGCCGACCGGUCACUGCUGUUCUCAUACACCGCAUGAACCAUCUCAGAAGCCCGCAAUCAUGGGAGGAUAUACACCUCGAGAUGGUCCUGAAUGCCGCCGGAAGUGAGCAGGCGAAAGCUCCGGUUUAUAGUAGUGAGAAAGGCUUCGUGUCGAUAGGAUGGUCUUCAGGAGUCUCAAACGUGUUUGCGACACCCUUCUAUGGACAGACAUUGGCCAUUGAAUCUUCUGACCAACACCAUCGGGUACGCGUGGCUCAGCCGCUGGAGAGUUGCUUGAUAACAUCGAUUCUACGAUUCAAGCUGAUGCACUCCGAGACGGGAGAAGACUGCCCGACGAAUAGCGCUGGGUAUAUUGCCACCCACGUAAGCAACAGGCGAGCGACCACCGCACAACAUUACAGCGCGAAUACGCAUACACGCGGUGGCGUGCAGUUUGAGCACGUGUUGCGCCCUUGUGAUGCCACUUUUGAUAAAAUCCAGUCGUACGUCGCGAUGGAUAUUGAUGUUUGGGAUACCAGGUACCAGCUGGACGACCGCCUCAACUGUGUGGUCUUCGUCGAUCGAAACUUCAACAAUUACAAACCAUCACGUACUAACUUUGUCCCUGCGGAAUACUACACAAUUUUUACUGUAAUGGGGUGCUUGCAGAUGUGUAGACUGAAAGUAGCUUUGACAUUCAGUCCGACCAACGCCGCUACCGAUCCGUGUUUGAGUCCUAGGUCUAAACAAUCCCCGGCACCCGAUGUCGGCAACAAGGCCCGCCUGCCUGAGAACCCAAGUGAUGCGUUUUAUUUCGAGUUGGAUUCAAAGUUUGUAGCCUUUGGGGUGGGCUUAUGUGCUGUGGCUAUUCUGGUUACUGGUUGCUCGGGUAUUGGUGUGGCAAUAGCGGCUGUCAUAUCUGUAGUCCAGAGUAUCAGAGAGCGCGCCGAUAUCCAGUGCGAGGCGACCGCUCAAAACAACCGAGCAAAGGACAACUCCUGGAUCGAUUCACAGGUGCGAUUAUACUCCACACAGUGA